GGCUGCAGCACAGAAAGUCCAAGAAGUCAGAGACAUCACAAGAAUUGAAAGAAUAGGUCAGUAAUUUAAAGAAUUGAUUCAAUUAAAAGUGAGUGGUUAAAACAAGUUAUAUACCACAGGGGAUGUCUUACUCAAUGAGAUUAGAAAAUCACUAAGUUAUAAACUCAUUUUAGUUCUUUAUUUUUUAUUGCUCAUAGGAGCUCACUCUCAUAUUCGUGGGCUUGGCUUAGAUGAUGCACUGGAAGCCAGACAAGUAAGGAGAAUGUUUUUUUCCUUGUUUUAAUUAUUGUGAGUACAGCAAUGUAUGUGUACAAGUACAGUUUGUAAAUUGCCUUCAUGAACCCAAGGCUGUAAUGCCAAACAAAUUUGGCAUUACUAUUUUUCUCAGUCUAAACUACACGUAUAAUAAACUGUGACAUCCAAAGCUCUAGAUUUUUGUUUGCAAAAUUUUGAUCAGUAAUUUUUAUGGGUACUGAGAGUCUUCGCAUGAGAAUUCUUAAUAUUGAGUGUCAAUUUCUCUGUAGGUUUCUCAGGGAAUGGUUGGUCAGGUUGCAGCCAGAAGGGCAGCUGGUGUUAUUUUAGAGAUGAUCAAGGUACUUGAUUGUACAUGUAGCAUUUUUUAUCAUUGUUACUUAUAAAGCAAAACCAAGUUAAAGUAAUUAACAAAGUAGCUCACUGUAAUGCCAUUCUGAAGACUGUAAGUAACAAAUCAUGUCAAGUCAUAUAAAGAAACUUGAAAGUAUUUAUAAAUUUUUUCACAUAAUAAUCAUAUUCUUGAGAAUGACAUUACAGUGGUGCUUACAUGUUGACUUUUUAGCCUUGAAUGUAUUUUUACCAUUAUUACUAUUAUGUAGAUGAAUUUAUAUACUCUCAGUGUUCAACUGGUUCCAGUUCCCUGUAUAAGUCACAUCCUGCAACCUAUUAUUAUUAUUAUUAUUAUUAUUAUUAUUAUUAUUGUGGGUGACAAGAGGAGCCAGCAAUCCUAAUCUCCAGGUUGUUAUUACACAUGCAUCACAUGUAUGUAACCAGCUUUCAUUUGGACGUCCACUAAGAAUGAAUAAAAUGCACAUUUGGACCUUCUAUCACUCGUAAUCAGAUCAGGCAUGUUUUGACCAUCUGUUGCAUGAAACUUAUGCAAAGCACAGGACUGGAUCGUUGUCGCCCACACUCCGUAACCUUUGGUAAUUACUAGUUAUUAAUAUUAAUUUGUGUUUCCUUAGGAAGGCAAGAUUGCAGGAAGAGCAGUUUUGAUCGCAGGACAGCCUGGCACUGGAAAAACAGCUAUUGCUAUGGGUAAAAUGAAGUUUGUUAUUGUCUCUCUUGAAAUUAUUGCUAAGCAACUUACAAAAUGGAGGUGACAAUUGUAAAGAAAACUACCACAUGAAAACAAUGAUACAGGUUUAUCUCUUUUACUACUAAGACUGACCAAAGGAAAAAAAUCCCGCCAAAAAAUGCAUUUAAAAAACACUUGUAAUGAAAAAUACAUUUUGCCAAAGGUCUGUGGAAGCAGUUUCAUUUGAAUGGUUACAGGAUUUCAUCUACAGAUUUGAAAGCUAGAAUCACUGUACCAAAUAAUCUCUCAAUAAUGUGGUCAAGGAAUAAAAGGUUUAUUGAGUAAAACAACAACUCCAUAUGUAUCACUGACACUAGCCUGAAAAAUUAUUACAGUUCUUCUGCAAUUCAGAUUACCCUAAAAACUUCACUUGCCUCUCAGGCAAGUUAAGGACAGGAUUCACUAUCCUGAUAGCAAAAUCCACAAGCCCUGGGCUAUCGGACGCUACUGAUUUGCACGCUGCUGUAUACAUGAUCUCUGUCAUUUAUGGACACCUUUCUUUUCUUUUCUUUGUUCUUUGUGUCAUGUUUGACAAUGUUUGCUGCAGGCAUGGCUCAGUCACUUGGACCAGACACUCCAUUUACAUCCUUAGCAGGCAGUGAAAUAUACUCAUUGGAGAUGAGCAAAACAGAAGCUCUUACACAAGCUUUUAGAAGGUCAAUUGGUGUUCGAAUAAAGUAAGUUUGUAUCAGUGGAAACACUGUAGUCUUCUUUGAUGAGAAAAUUGCAAAAUCUCAAAAAAUUUCUGUUUAAUAGAUAAUCAUGUUUUCACAAGGUUAGACUUUGCAGAACUGCUGUUGGCAUCUAUCAUUUAUCAUUAUAAAUACAUUUUGAGGUAUAUCAUAUUUCCUUUGAUAAUGGUGAUGAUGAUGGUGUGGUUAAAGCCUAUUUCUUUUUCCAGGGAGGAAACUGAGAUCAUAGAAGGUGAAGUUGUAGAAAUACAAAUUGACAGGCCUGCAAGUGGAACAGUGAGUUAAUUUAACUGAUGAUGAGGGUGUUUUUUCUGCAUAUUGUUGAAUAUCUUCUCAUUGUUAAGGUUGCAUUUGCACUGAAAUUUUCAUUUUUCUCAAUAUUAUUCAUUAGGGAGCAAAAGUUGGUAAACUAACACUGAAAACAACUGAGAUGGAAACUGUCUAUGAUCUGGGAACAAAGAUGAUAGAAUCACUUACAAAAGAGAAAGUGCAAGCGGGGUAAGAAUUUAGUCAGUAAUUUAAUGAUAUUAAAGAGUCAACUUUCUCGAUGGCCAAAAAUUUGGCUUUAUCAGUUUGUUGUAAAUUGGCCACCAAAGAAGGGUUGAGAAAUGAUUUGAACACUGUUGUUCCUCCAGAGUUUUUUCUAGGGGAACCCAUUGGCCUCUUUUCGUGAAAAGUAAGGGCCAUAUGGAAACUAAAGGUGACCAAAGUAAUCUGUACACGUAUACCCAACAAAAACCGCAUGGAAUGAUGAAGUAACUAGAGCUCACACUCCAAAUGCUCCUUGAGUUCUCUGUUGCUCUAUGAAAGUUGUUUUUUCUGUCAAGAUGGCAGUCACAUACUUCUGCCCCUCAGAUGUGGAUGACUGCUAAAGGUACAAACUGUAAAAUGACAAGUCAUGUCUGUGCAAGUUGCUUUCAAACAUUACCUGUUCUUGUACAGAAACUGCAGUUAUUUUUUAAGCUUGGUUCAUUUGACUGAUGAUAUUGCCUUGCAUUUCCAGUGACAUUAUAACUAUUGACAAAGCAACAGGGAAGGUCUCCAAACUUGGUCGCUCAUUCAACAGAGCUAGGGAUUAUGAUGCAAUGGGGCCACAGGUUGGUGAUGUUGAACUGAAAUUAAUUGUACUUUUAUCAUGGACUUAUCCCUACUGAUUUGCCAUCCUUGGCAUAGUGCUUUUCAGGAGGGUUUGUUACAAUGUGGGAGGGAAAUAGAAACUCUAGGGAAGGAAACAUGAGUAUAUUUUUCAUAUUGUAAGGUGUGGAGGGUCACACAUGCCAAUAUUUGGCAACUCACUCACAUGUGACCUCUGAAUCUUGCAUUUGCCAUUGUUAUCACUCCUAAGACUACUGUUGAAGGCUGUCAGUAGAUAUUAAAAGAAUCUUUUUAAUAAUUUAGACCAGGUUUGUUCAAUGUCCUGAGGGGGAGAUACAGAAGAGAAAAGAAGUCGUUCACACUGUUACUCUACAUGAAAUUGACGUCAUCAACAGCAGAACACAGGGGUUCCUGGCUCUUUUCUCAGGUAAAGCAAGUAAUUUAGGACCAUAACCUAGUGUGACCGAAUUGCUUCUUAGUGUAACUCCAAAAACGACCUACCUGUAUAUGCUCUAUGUUGGGGGCAUUACCCAGUGUGAACGAAUUGCUUCUUAGUGUAACUCCAACGACGACCUACACGUGUAUGCGCUAAGUUCGCACGUGACCUUUCUCAAACUGAUGGGGGUAUUAAGCGCCCGUUUCCCUCGUCUCUCUUACAUGUACAUGGUGAGAUGACAUUCAGACCUGUUGACUCUCUACCCAUUUAACAUUAAUUGUACUCAAAGCAGUGUUGAUUGGCCAUGAUCUUACGAUCAAUGACUGUAUAUCGUUGUAAGGAAAUUCAUCCCCCCUGCUGUUUUUGCAAAAGGUGAUACUGGUGAAAUCAAAGGAGAGGUGCGAGAGCAAAUCAACGCUAAGGUGGCAGAAUGGAGAGAAGAAGGAAAAGCUGAUAUUGUGCCAGGGGUAAGAGAUUUAACACCAAAUUAAUUCAAGUCCUUUUUCUGUUCACUUCGCCUUUCCGCAUUAGCACUCAAACUCGCAACUCAUCUGAAUUUUAUUUUAUACCCUGUCAUUAGUCAUCAUACACGCCUGUGUUAAAUAUAUAGAUCAUCGCGGUUAACUAUACAACUUUUGCCGUUGCGGAAAGAAGCCUGAAACAUUCAAGCUUAUAGGUCGCGGUGACUAACAAUAAACCCUUGGAACUAAGGCUAUACGCUGUCUUCUUUAUACAGUCGAACUUCGACUAUCCGGAUCACGAUUAUCCGGACUUGUUUCCGUAUCCGACUUGUGACGAUCUGAAAACGCUCGUGAAAGUGGAUCAAAACGAAAACGCAUACAUAUCGUAAUAAAUAGAUUUAGCCAGGGCUAAAAGGGAAUCUCUUUUUAUUAUUCAGAGUUUCCUCAAAGAAAAUAUAAAAUCGAGUAAUACUAAACAAUUUCGGUGGAAAAUCUCUGUCAAAUGGUACUGUUAUAAUUAUUUCUUGGCACCUAAAACAGGAACGGGAUUGAUUUGUACCAUUUACAAAAUACCGGUAAAGUUUUCGCUUUCUCUGGACAAAAGCCUGGCACUAGUAAUCCAAACAAAUGGUACACAAAAUUUCGGUCGUUUCGGUAAAAACGGUAAAAAGGCAAUAUCUCGAAAGGUAUCACUUUUUUUCCGGAAAAUUUCCACCGGGAUGAACCGUUCCAUUUGAAAUCUCCCCUGAAUUUUCUGGUUUUCCAUACAAAUGGUAAGCGCUCAAGGUGAAGACAACGAGAACGGUAAAAACAACAACAAUACGUCUAAUUAGCAAAGAGGCAACUUUGCACGUGCAGCACACUUUUUUUUUCUAAUUACUAAAAAAAAAAAUUUUGCACGUGCAGCACACUUUUUUUUUCUAAUUACUACAAAACAACUUUGCAUGUGCAGGGCGUUUUUUUGGACAUUUCUUUACCGUUGUUUUGCACGACUAAAACCUGAAACUUCUUUUAACUUCCUAGUAACACGCUUUAUGGAGGAACUGUUUGUGUUUCUGUUCACUCUGUUUUUUCACUGCCGCUCAUUUUCACCUCGGUAGCCGCUAGCAUUUCUUAUUUUCUCACUGCCACUAUAUAAUUUUCAUGUUUUUCUUCAAACGAAAUUGUUCUCCGUUGUCAUUUAUUUCUCGUUCUAGCUCUUUCCUUGUUAUCCAAGUUAAUGUAGACAUUAAAAUUUUAGUGGAACGAAAGAUUAGGGGUUUUUAUUCUCCUUUUUUUUUUCUCUCUCUGAAAGUCCUGGCGGCCAUGUGAUUUCUCGCCAAAUUGAGCGGGGUGCUUGAAGCGCAAAAUUUCACCUCAGCUAUAACAUGCUUCUCCCCGACGGGCUGACUCCUGACUCCCUUCUCCCUUCCCCAGAGUCUGUACGGUCAACGUUCUGUCACACGCUGACGUCAUAACCAAAUUUUUUCGGAUGGAUAGGUUACCAAAUUUUUUAGCUAUGGGCUUCUGCUCGCGCGCGCCUGGAGUUCCGCAAAUAAGGACUUCAAGAUCCAACGACGCGUGUUAUUAUUAUUAUUAUUAUUAUUAUUAUUAUUAUUAUUAUUAUUAUUAUUAUUAUUAUUAUUAUUAUUAUUAUUAUUAUUAUUAUUAUUAUUAUUAUUAUUAGGCUCUACUCUUUUCCUUAACUGUUUCUUAUGCUUCCGUUGCUGCAGGUGUUGUUUAUCGACGAGGUUCACAUGCUUGAUAUCGAAUGCUUCUCUUUUCUCAACCGAGCACUGGAAAAUGAUAUGGCACCUGUUCUUAUAAUGGCAACAAAUAGAGGAAUUACAAAGUGAGUUAUACUGGAAUUUAGUGAGAAAUAUUCAUAAGAUGCUUUGUGCAACAAUUCCACAAAGUAAGCUCGUACAUGUAAAACUAUUUUUUUUAGUACAAGGCGCUUUUUUCUAGCCGUUUGAGUGUCAACAACAGUAGGGCCAUUUAUACGAGGAAAAAUAAGACGCGUCUUACAUAAGAAGAAGCGAACUGUACCAUUUAUACGAGCAUGUCUUAUCUAACAAGACGCGUCUUAGCUAAGUCGCGUCUUUUUUUAGACGAAAUGUGCCGUUUAUACGGAAAGUUCGAGUCGUAUUUAAGACGCGUCUUAUUUUUCCUCGUAUAAAUGGCCCUAGUGAGAAUGAUUCCUUUGGAUUUGAAUUGCUACUCAGUGUAUUUGACCUUAAUGUUUCGCUUAACCGCAGGCCACGUGUAUUUUUUAAAACUGCGAUUGGUUCUUUUUAACUAGUUUUUUGGCUUAUUCCCCCCGCCCCGACCCACUAUCAAUUGGUUUCAUAGGCAAGGAUCAGUAAUUCAGUGUUGGGCAAGUUGAAUAAAAUUGCAGCCUUGAAAACGGCUUUACUUGCUGAAAUUAGGGAAACUUCUGUCCAACUUUUGAGAAAAUCCAACCCUGAUUUGAAUAUAUUGACCGCAUUUCCAUCCGCCUUGAAAGCCUUGUUCUCUGUUAAUGCUGGGUGGAUAAAUGUAUAGGUUCGUUAGCAAUGUCGUACAAUGCCUCACACAAGAGCAGGAGAUCGGCUUGGUGCUGUCUAUUUUCUACAACUUAAUUUCUGAAUACACUUCACUUGCAUGUAUUUUGACAACGCCUUUUUUUCUUUCUCAGAAUUCGUGGUACAAAUUACAAGAGUCCUCACGGCAUUCCAAUCGAUCUUUUGGACCGGCUUUUAAUUAUCUCCACUUCUCCUUACCAAGAAAAGGAUCUGAAGCAAAUUCUCACGAUACGGUAAGGGCGGAGACAACGUUUUUACACAAGAUUGCAUUAGGAAAUCUUUGUUAGCGACCAGUCAACUCUGUUGUUUGUUUGUGCGCGAUUGAACCCAGACCAAGCAGGGAGGUGUGAGUACAGAAAUGAGAGCGGUUUAAUUUACAAUUAGAAAUAGGCGUAACAGAGUUUCACCUUGAGAUUGAUUGUCAGUAUUGUUGAACAAUCCUCCAUUUUGAAAUCGUUCCUUCAAGAGACUGUUCACAGUCCCCUAUUUUUCCGUAAGAUCGUCGAGGCCGAUGCCCGGCCCCUCGCCGUCCGUACCGGUAAGCGCUCGAUCCUGACGAUAUUACGAAAAAAUAGGAUUCUGUAAAAAGUCUAUUCCUUCAAAGUCCCUUGAAAAAUUUGCCCUUCCAUUACUCGUUAGUAUGUAUAGGAGAAGCGUGAUUGAACAGUUACACAGAGCUGCCGGUAACUGUUGGUCAUCGAGGAAUUUCCGACUAAAAUUUGCAGCAACCAGAGGUAUAAAUGACUGAACAGAUGAUUAUCAAUACCAGUGAUUUUCAUUUCGCAACUGAAGAUUUGCAUACAACUUUAGUCAAGAAAUUAUGACCGACAACGUUAUUGGUUUGUCCGACGAAAAUGGCGACUUCAUCGGACAUAUCAUGUCCUUUCUGAAAAGAAAAAUUAUUCGGUGUAGCCCUGGUUACAAGAGGGAUACCCGAGUUUCUACUCUAAACCCUACUUGAUCUGUUUGAUUGAAGCCACUGUGCAUCUUGUGGGUUUGCCAUAGUGGCGGAUUCAGAUCUUUAAGUAAGUGGGGCUCCGCUCAUCCAGUCCCGCAGAUAAGAGGGACAAGAAGGGGGCCCAAAAAUAUUUUUUUCAUGACCCUGUCGGUGGUGGGGGCCCGGUGGAGGCCCGGUGGGGGCCCGUUCCCCUUGACCCGCUACUCUGUCUAUAUUUAUGAGAAACAGUCCCCCUCUCCUUGCAACGGAACAUUUUUUCCGUGCAACGAAAGAGGGCAGUUACUUAACGUACAACGAGAUAUAUACAGCAAAGAAAUUGCCCUGUACGAGGAAUGCGUUGUCUUGCAGAUGUGAAGAAGAGGACGUGGAGAUCUCAGAAGAUGCUAUUUUCUUGCUAACAAAAAUCGCUCAGGAAACAUCGCUUAGAUACUCCAUUCAGUUGAUUACAGCCGCCAGUCUUGUGUGCCGGAAGCGGAAGGUAGAGUUUCAUAAUUGGUAUCGAUUAUUCUUGCAACCCUACAGAACAAGUAAAUUCGAGCCUCUUACUCGAUAGCCUGAGUUUCGGACGAACUUUAACCCCCGGCGUUUAAUAGGCCAUUUCCGAAUUCCAAAAACUCUCAUUUUCAAAACGAAAAUGAGUUUUGUUUGCAUGGGAAUAAAGAAUCAUUUUGUUCAUAUCAAUAGCUAAACACUUAUUAUCAUUAUCAUCAUCAUCAACAUUAUUAUUAUUAUCAUUAUUAUUUUUAAUAAUAUUAUUAUUAUUAUUGCUGAUCGUUUUUAUUGGUGUCUUUUUCUAGGGUACCGAGGUAAAUGUCGAUGACAUCAAGCGUGUUUAUUCUCUGUUCCUGGACGAAGCUCGAUCAGCUCAGUUCCUUAAAGAAUACCAAACAGAAUUCUUAUUUCAUGAAGAGGUAACCGAGCCUGCAUCUGAAGCUAUGGAGACUGAGGGUGAGAUGGCGUGAUUCCUAUCCCAGUGUUCAUUGCGUGUCUUUCCAAGUUCCCGGAUCACUAACAAGCUUGUGCGGUAUUCAUAGACCAUCAUCUCAAACCUACCAGCAUGGAAAAUAGAAGUUUGACUGAAAUUUCCAUUGCUAGUAUAUGUAGUGGCACGAGCAAGGUUUUUUUAUGUGUAGAGAGCGUUGAUUGACAAACGAAAAGCAGCUGCACGGGCCUUGGGCGUCUGUCAUAAAAUUUUAGCUGCAUAAAACAAGGAUGCCUCAUUUAAGACUGUCUUUGCGUGGUUAUAAGCGAUGAACUUCUAUCUGUGUACUACUAGGAUUGGUUUGUGUUGUCCUGAGCUGUUUGCAACAUUUCAACGGAUGGUUUUUCAGGAUGUUGUAUUUACUGUUUGUUACUCUGUUCAAUCUCCUGUGACCUUGGUUUUUAUAGGCAAUAAAUAUCAUAUUUAACAUUGUAUGGUCUAACAAAAUGAAUUCCUAGGUUAACUACUAGGCCAGCGCAUUCCUUUUGCUUCAACUUAUUUGUAGCCGGAACAGCAUAUCGAAACAGCC